GCGACAAAUCAUACACCGUGUGUGUGACACCUUGUUCUCAUUCCAGCACCAGCCAAAGGGCAUCUCUCCCAAGAUGUUCAAAGCCCUGGUUAGCAAUGGCCACCCUGAGUUCUCCUCCAACAGACAGCAAGAUGCACACAAGUUUUUCCUGCAUCUCAUCAACCUGGUGGAGGUAUGCAUGUAUGGCUUCAUAUGUAUUUUCUAUUAGUAGGAGCGUGUUAUGGUGUACUUGUAAUGAUGAAAACUACUCUAAAAGGCACGUAGUGAUGAAUACAGUAUGCCAUUGUUGCAGAGGUACAGCAAUUGGCAAACAAAGUCACUGGUGUUCAACAAAAGGCUCAUAAGCCUAAACUGUAUCUAUCGGCACUGGCUUUUCAGCUUCAAUGAUGGCCAUAAUAAAAGAAGAAAAAAUAGCUUUCGUGAAAUGGCUAUUGUAAAGCAUUUUUCCGGCAUGUCAAUGCACCUCUGACUCGUCACACGUGGUCAAUCAGGGGACCUUGGGAGAGAGGAGGUGGGACUGUAUUUGACGAAACGCAGCACCCUGUCCCCAGGCCGGCAGACACACACUUGCGCUCUGAAGUGACUUUCUCAACCGGGUUAAAUUUAGACCGCCCCUAUCAGUUACACAGGCCAGAUAAUGCUUCCUAUUCUGCCUGAAGUCAACACAGAAACAUGCUCAGACUGGAAACCCGCCACUUUCUCUGCUCUUGCCCUUGACAAAACAAUCUAUCCAAAAUCAGUUUACUAGACUCCGUUGCAUGGCUGAUUUAUCUAUUGUCAAUGUUUUUCAACAUACUGUAAGUAAUUUGUGGCAGUGUUCUGAAUAUAUAAAAACAUUUUUACAUGGAGCAGUAAGGUCAAGUAAAAUGUAAUACAGGAGCUAACAAGUCAACUUCAUGUUAAUAUUAGUUAAAAAUCAACAGUUUUCUCUUUGCUUCAGAAUACCUUUUCUAAUUUAAAUGGGGCCCUAUAUUUUUACCAUGAAUGGUAAUUGUGUAUAAUUUGUGGGCAUAUUCAGCUGUCCUGAGUUGGUUGGACAGAGAUAGGCAGACUCUUACAGUAGCCUUCAAUCAGCAAGUUUAGCCUCGGGCCUGCCUGCCAGCCGGCCGGUUAGAAUACUUCACUGGUGUUUGGAGUAGAGCUAUAACCGGAGUAUUUCUGUAGCCUCUUAGAAUAGAAAAGCUGCUGAUGUGACACUCCAUACAAGCCAAAUGGUUUUAAUUCAAGACCCAUUGCCCCAUGAGUCCUCAAAUAAUCACAACAAACAAGUUUGUCCCCAAUGACCCCCCAAUAAACAACUGCGUACCUCUUUCUCUUUGAGUUGUACAUGUUUUCCACCUGUCCUACUUCAUUUGUCAAGCUUUAACUGUGUGUAAUUGACCACAUGAAAACAGGAAGCUUGGCAUGGUCCCUCUUGUGAUUGAUAUAUACACUGCUCAAAAAAAUAAAGGGAACACUUAAACAACACAAUGUAACUCCAAGUCAAUCACACUUCUGUGAAAUCAAACUGUGCAAGACAAUGCUAGACCUCAUGUGGCUGGAGUGUGUCAGCAGUUCCUGCAAGAGGAAGGCAUUGAUGCUAUGGACUGGCCCGCCCGUUCCCCAGACCUGAAUCCAAUUGAGCACAUCUGGGACAUCAUGUCUCGCUCCAUCCACCAACGCCACAUUGCACCACAGACUGUCCAGGAGUUGGCGGAUGCUUUAGUCCAGGUCUGGGAGGAGAUCCCUCAGGAGACCAUCCGCCACCUCAUCAGGAGCAUGCCCAGGCUUGUAGGGAGGUCAUACAGGCACGUGGAGACCACACACACUACUGAGCCUAAUUUUGACUUGUUUUAAGGACAUUACAUCAAAGUUGGAUCAGCCUGUAGUGUGGUUUUCCACUUUAAUUUUGAGGGUGACUCCAAAUCCAGACCUCCAUGGGUUGAUAAAUUUGAUUUCCAUUGAUAAUUUUUGUGUGAUUUUGUUAUCAGCACAUUCAACUAUGUAAAGGAAAAAGUAUUUCAUAAGAUUAUUUCAUUCAUUCAGAUCUAGGAUGUGUUAAUUUAGUGUUCCCUUAAUUUUUUUGAGCAGUGUGUUGAUAUAUACAGUGAGGGGAAAAAAGUAUUUGAUCCCCUGCUCUUUCUACUCUGGUUAGAGCCAGUUUGCGCUGUUCUGUGAAGGGAGUAGUACACAGCGUUGUACGAGAUCUUCAGUUUCUUGGCAAUUUCUCGCAUGGAAUAGCCUUCAUUUCUCAGAACAAGAAUAGACUGACGAGUUUCAGAAGAAAGUUCUUUGUUUCUGGCCAUUUUGAGCCUGUAAUUGAACCCACAAUUGCUGAUGCUCCAGAUACUCAACUAGUCUCAAGAAGGCCAGUUUUAUUGCUUCUUUAAUCAGCACAACAGUUUUCAGCUGUGCUAACAUAUUUGCAAAAUGGUUUUCUAAUGAUCAAUUAGCCUUUUUAAAAUGAUAAACUUGGAUUAGCAAACACAACGUGCCAUUGGAACACAGGACUGAUGGUUGCUGAUAAUGGGCCUCUGUACGCCUAUGUAGAUAUUCCAUUAAAAUUCAGCCGUUUCCAGCUACAAUAGCCAUUUACAACAUUUUGAACGGAAGUGUGUGUGUAUGUAUGUGUGUGUGUGUGUGUACACACACACACACACACACACACACACACACACACACACACACAGUGAGGGGAAAAAAAGUAUUUGAUCCCCUGCUGAUUUUGUAUGUUUGCCCACAGACAAAUAAAUGAUCAGUCUAUAAUUUUAAUGGUAGGUUUAUUUGAACAGUGAGAGACAGAAUAACAACAAGAAAAUCCAGAAAAACGCAUGUCAAAAAUGUUAUAAAUUGAUUUGCAUUUUAAUGAGGGAAAUAAGUAUUUGACCCCCUCUCAAUCAGAAAGAUUUCUGGGUCCCAGGUGUCUUUUAUACAGGUAACGAGCUGAGAUUAGGAGCACACUCUUAAAGGGAGUGCUCCUAAUCUCAGUUUGUUACCUGUAUAAAAUACACCUGUCCACAGAAGCAAUCAAUCAAUCAGAUUCCAAACUCUCCACCAUGGCCAAGACCAAAGAGCUCUCCAAGGAUGUCAGGGACAAGAUUGUAGACCUACACAAGGCUGGAAUGGGCUACAAGACCAUCGCCAAGCAGCUUGGUGAGAAGGUGACAACAGUUGGUGCAAUUAUUCGCAAAUGGAAGAAACACAAAAUAACUGUCAAUCUCCCUCGGCCUGGGGCUCCAUGCAAGAUCUCACCUCGUGGAGUUACAAUGAUCAUGAGAACGGUGAGGAAUCAGCCCAGAACUACACGGGAGGAUCUUGUCAAUGAUCUCAAGGCAGCUGGGACCAUAGUCACCAAGAAAACAAUUGGUAACACACUACGCCGUGAAGGACUGAAAUCCUGCAGUGCCCGCAACGUCCCCCUGCUCAAGAAAGCACAUAUACAGGCCCAUCUGAAGUUUGCCAAUGAACAUCUGAAUGAUUCAGAGGAGAACUGGGUGAAAGUGUUGUGGUCAGAUGAGACCAAAAUCGAGCUCUUUGGCAUCAACUCAACUCACCAUGUUUGGAGGAGGAGGAAUGCUGCCUAUGACGCCAAGAACACCAUCCCCACCGUCAAACAUGGAGUUCGAAACAUUAUGCUUUGGAGGUGUUUUUCUGCUAAGGGGACAGGACAACUUCACCGCAUCAAAGGGACGAUGGACGGGGCCAUGUACCGUCAAAUCUUGGGUGAGAACCUCCUUCCCUCAGCCAGGGCAUUGAAAAUGGGUCGUGGAUGGGUAUUCCAGCAUGACAAUGACCCAAAACACCUGGCCAAGGCAACAAAGGAGUGGCUCAAGAAGAAGCACAUUAAGGUCCUGGAGUUGGCCUAGCCAGGCUCCAGACCUUAAUCACAUAGUAAAUCUCUGCAGCAGAGGUAACUCUGGGUCUUCCUUUCCUGUGGCGGUCCUCAUGAGAGCUAGUUUCAUCAUGGCGCUUGAUGGUUUUUGCGACUGCACUUGAAGAAACUUUCAAAGUUCUUGAAAUGUUCCUGAUUGACUGACAUUCAUGUCUUAAAGUGAUGAUGGACUGUCGUUUCUCUUUGCUUGUUUGAGCUGUUCUUGCCAUAAUAUGCACUUAGUCUUUUACCAAUUAGGGCUAUCUUCUGUAUACCACCCCUACCUUGUCACAACACAACUGAUUGGCUCAAACACGUUAAGAAGGAAAUAAAUUGCACAAAUUAACUUUUAACAAGGCACACCUGUUAAUUGAAAUGCAUUCCAGGUGACUACCUCGUGAAGCUAGUUGAGAGAAUGCCAAGAGUGUGCAAAGCUGCCAUGGGUGGCUAUUUGAAGAAUCUCAAAUAUAAAAUAGAUUCCAUGUGUGUUAUUUCAUAGUUUUGAUGUCUUAACUAUUAUUCUACAAUGUAGAAAAUUGUAAACUUGUGGAAUGAGUAGGUGUGUCCAACCUUUUGACUGGUACUGUGUAUAUAAAAAUAAUUUGAUACAUAUUGCUACUGUUCAAACAUGCAUACAAGUAAUGAAAGUCACAAUAUUCUCAAUGUUCUAAUUGAUGGGAACAGUUACAUUUCCAAACACUUUUUUAACUGGUCAAUUCAAUAGCAUAGAUGAAGAGGAAAAAAAGUAUUCGGUAUAUUCUCAGCAUCCUCCCGUGUGUCCUUCCCUCUAGAGAAACAGUGUGGGCUUGGAGAACCCCAAUGAUGCGUUCCGCUACCUGGUGGAGGAGCGUGUGCAGUGUUGCCAGACGCAGAAGGUGCGCUACACCCAGAAGGUGGACUACCUCAUGCAGCUCCCUGCUGCCAUCGAGGCCGCAUCCAACAGAGGUAAGAUCCCAUAGGCAGCUGGCCCAGCCCCAUGAGAACCAGCAGGGCUGCUGGCUCCCCCACAGCCCUCCUCUUCAAAGGGCAUGGAGGAUCAAUAUCUCUGAAUGCCAAAGUGGGUUGGGAGUUUGCGUUUUAAAAUGCCCAAGGCUGCAUGUGUUUUUAAAUGAUCAGUCGUGCAUACUGUGUAUGGUGACACUUGGCUGAAUUACCUAAUUGUUGGGAAAAUAAGUUCUUUCAAAUGUCCAAUAUACAAUCACUAAACCCCAAUCAUCUGAGAGUAUGACAACAGCAACAGCAUUUUAGGAGGAUGUUUUCUGUGUUAAAUAGCUUGAUGUGUGUGUGACAGAGGAGCUGAUAGUGUAUGAGGCCAAGCGAAACGAAGCAGAGGAGAACAUGAGGGCCCCUCCAGAGCCUGUGAGGGCCCGGAUCCCCUUCACAGCGUGCCUGCAGGCCUUCAUGGAGCCAGAGAACGUCCCUGACUUCUGGAGCUCAGAGCUGCAGGCCAAAUCGACUGGAGUCAAGUAAGCAAGGUCCUGGUCUAAGGCCUGGAAGAAAGAAAGAUAGACACCCCACAUUGUUGAAUGCUCCCGCAGUUUCAACACUGUGUGGGGAUCUAUCUUUCUUUCAUGACUUGACUUUUUGGAUCCUGCACCCAAGUUAUUUUGCACCAUAAUAUGCCUAGCCCCCUAAGAUGAAAAAACAAUGUUGGUAGGCUACAUGAUGAAUUAACUAUAGGGAAAAUUGACUAUUUAACAGUUUUAAUGCCCAUACACAAAUGACCAAAUAUGAAUGUAAAGCUGAUCGUGUAUAUUGAACAAAAAUAUAAACACAACAUGUAAAGUGUUGGUCCCAUGUUUAAAGAGCUGAAAUAAAAGAUCCCAGAAAUGUUCCAUAUGCACAAAAAGCUUAUUCCUCUCAAAUGUUGUGCACAACUUUGUUUAAGUCCCUUUUAGUGAGCAUUUCUCCUUUGCCAAGAUAAUCCAUCCACCUGACAGGUGGCAUAUCAAGAGCUGAUUAAACAGCAGGAUCAUUACACAGGUGCACCUUGUGCUGGGGACAAUAAAAGGUAACUCUAAAAUGUGCAGUUUUGUCACACAACACAAUGCCACAGAUGUCUGAAGUUUUGAGGGAGCGUGCAAUUGGCACGCUGACUGCAGGAAUGUCCACCAGAGCUGUUGCCAGAGAAUUGCAUGUUAAUUUCUUUACCAUAAGCCGUCGUUUUAGAGAAUUUGGCAGUACGUCCAACUGGCUUCACAACAGCAGACCACUUGUAUGGUGUCGUGUAGGCGAGUGGUUUGCUGAUGUCAACGUUGUGAACAGAGUGCCCCAUGGUGGAGGUGGGGUUAUGGUAUGGGCAGGCAUAAGCUACGGACAACAAACACAAUUGCAUUUUAUCGAUGGCAAUUUGAAUGCACAGACAUACGGUGACGAGAUCCUGAGGCCCAUUGUCGUGCCAUUCAUCCGCCGCCAUCACCUCAUGUUUCAGCAUGAUAAUGCACGGCCCCAUGUUGCAAGGAUCUGUACACAAUUCCUGGAAGCUGAAAAUGUCCCAGUUCUUCCAUGGCCUGCAUACUCACCAGACAUGUCACCCAUUGAGCAUGUUUGGGAUCCUCUGGAUCGACGUGUACGACAGCGUGUUCCAGUUCCCGCCAAUAUCCAGCAACUUUGCACAGACUUUGAAGAGGAGUGGGACAACAUUGCACAGGCCACUAUCAACAGCCUGAUCAACUUUAUGCGAAGGAGAUGUGUCGCGCUGCAUGAGGCAAAUGGUGGUCACACCAGAUACCUUUUUAAAAAAAGGUUUCUACGACCAACAGAUGCAUAUGUAUUCCCAGUCAUGUGAAAUCCAUAGAUUAGGGCCUAAUACAUUUAUUUCAAUUGACUGAUUUCCUUAUAUGAACUGUAACUCAGUUACAUCUUUGAAAUUGUUGCAUGUUGCGUUUUAUAAUUUUGUAUAGUAUAAAUGAGUGAUCCAUAUUUAUUUUUCAAGUUAUUUUUCUAAAUUGUAGCCCUCUCUUUCCAGGACUUCCCGUUUCGCCUCCUUCCCAGAGUAUCUGGUGGUGCAAAUAAAGAAAUUCACAUUUGGGGUGGACUGGGUUCCAAAGAAAGUAGGUGAGUAAGAGAACUGAUGUCUCUCCACUAGUGUUUUGGCUUGUCUGGAUCCAUGAUUCUUUAGUACCAAGAGGAUGCUGAUUUCUGUUUAACUUUGAUACAUGUCUAUAAACAUUGAAAUCAUAUUAAGGUAUAGAAGGGUCUUUAAUUGAAGGCCUAUAAAUGCAUCCUAUUUUUCAGAUUCUCUCUUUAUCACUGGAUCAAUUUAUUAAGUCAGUACUGUGGAUCCCCAGCAGAGGGAACUGCCACAUAGUGAUUCACUGAGGUCCACUGACAAUGCACACAUACAGUGCAUUUGGAAAGUAUUCAGACCCUUGACUUUUUCCACAUUUUGCUACAUUACAGCCUUAUUUUAAAAUUGAUUUAAAUUGUUAGUUACACACAAUACCCCAUAAUGACAGAGCAAAAAUAUCACAUUUACAUAAGUAUUCAGACCCUUUACUCAGUACUUUGUUGAAGCACCUUUGGCAGUGAUUACAUCCUCAAGUCUUCUUGGGUAUGACGCUACAAGCUUGGCACACCUGUAUUUGGGGAGUUUCUCCCAUUCUUCUCUGCAGAUCCUCUCAAGCUCUGUCAGGUUGGUUGGGGAGCGUUGCUGCACAGCUAUUUUCAGGUCUCUCCAGAGAUGUUCGAUCGGGUUGAAGUCCGGGCUCUGGCUGGGCCACUCGAGGACAUUCAGAGACUUGUCCCGAAGACACUCCUGCUUUGUCUUGGCUGUGUGCUUAGGGUCGUUGUCCUGUUGGAAGGUGAACCUUCGCCACAGUCUGAGGUCCUGAGCACUCUGGAGCAGGUUUUCAUCAAGGAUUUCUCUGUACUUUGCUCCGUUAAUCUUUCCCUCGAUUCUGACUAGUCUCCCAGUCCCUGCCGCUGAAAAACAUCCCCACAGCAUGAUGCUUCACCGUAGGGAUGGUGCCAGGUUUCCUCCAGAUGUGACGCUUGGCAUUCAGGCCAAAGAGUUCAAUCUCGGUUUCAUCAGACCAGAGAAUGUUGUUUCUCAUGGUCUGAGAGUCCUUUAGGUGCCUUUUGGCAAACUCCAAGCGGGCUGUCAUGUGCCUUUUACUGAGGAGUGGCUUCUGUCUGGCCACUCUACCAUAAAGGCCUGAUUGGUGGAGUGCUGCAGAGAUGGUUGUCCUUCUGGAAGGUUCUCCCAUCUCCACAGAGGAACUCUGGAGCUCUGUCAGAGUGACCAUCGGGUUCUUGGUCACCUCCCUGACCAAGGCCCUUCUCUCCCCCGAUUGCUCAGUUUGGCCGGGCGGCUAGCUCUAAGAUGAGUCUUGGUGGUUCCAAGAAUAAUGGAGGCCACUCUGUUCUUGGAGACCUUCAACGCUGCAGACAUUUUUUGGUACCCUUCCCCAGAUCUGUGCCUCGAAACAAUCCUGCCUCGGAGCUCUACGAACAAUUCCUUCAACAUCAUGGCUUGGUUUUUGCUCUUACAUGUACUGUCAACUGUGGGACCUUUAUAUAGACAGGUGUGUGCCUUUCCAAAUCAUGUCCAAUCAAUUGAAUUUACCAGAGGUGGACUCCAAUCAAGUUGUAGAAACAUCCCAAGGAUGAUCAAUGGAAACAGGAUGCACCUGAGCUCAAUUUCGAGUCUCAUAGCAAAGGGUCUGAAUACUUAUGUAAAUAAGGUAUUUCUGUUUUCGCUUUGUAAUUAUGGGGUAUUGUGUGUAGGUUGAUGAGGAUUAUUAUAAUUUUUUUAUACAUUUUAGAAUAAGGCUGUAACGUAACAAAAUGUGGAAGAAGUCAAGGGUUCUGAAUACUUUCCGAAUGCACACAUAUAGCCUGCAUCCAAACUGAAGACUGAUUUCAUGAAGUGAAACAGAACAAUUCUGUUAAGAUCCAGGCUAGUAGACACUGCCCUGAGAAUAAAAUCUGUUAUCUAAGCUCUUGCUCUACCUGUGUUUUUAAGUACUAUACAUUUUUUAUGCUGCACUGGAGUUGCAUCGACCAUACUUUUCCCCCAAAAUAUGCUAGGGAUUGAGGAAGGUUAACUAUUUUUAAGAGAUGCAGUUCAAAUGAGGUUAAUCCUGCAUCUUGCAAUUGAGAGACUUAUUUUUGCAUGUUCUGGUUUUUCUCAUAUGGACCAAAAAAAGGUGUUACAGCUAUAUUCAAUAUUCUCUCAUGCUGAUAUGGUAGCUACAUCUUAUACUGUACAUCUUGUAUUUUGUACUGUAGCUCUAGUGGUGAAUGUGAGUGUAGUCAUUCAGUUAUCUGCUUGAAUGACCAUGCCCAAGUCCCCUCUGUUCUCUUUCACAUGCUCUCUCAAAACUCUGGGUUGCUUUCAUUAGGGCAUAUCGUAGCAAAACGUUCCGCAACAGGGAAACAUGUUUGAAACAUGUUUCUUAUUGGACAAGUUCCAAUUGUAUUCCCCUAUUUCACUCAAUUUUGGAGCCAUUUCUCCAUUUCGAGCUGAACAUGACCCUGACCUGUUUUUCCACAGAUCUGUCCAUAGACAUCCCAGACUUCCUGGACCUGUCUCGACUCCGGGGAACAGGACUGCAGGCGGGAGAACAAGAGCUCCCAGACCUCACCCCCCCCAUCGUCCUCCCUGAAGACACCAGAGGUAAGAAGGGCUGCUUUAGGACGAAGAUACUGACAAACCUUUACCAAUCUUAUUUUCCCUCUCUACCCACAGCUGGGAGGAGUUUGACUUCCAAUGACUAGGGGUUGUUGGAAGUGCCUAGCAAAGCUGCCGUUUGGGCCAAGCUAUUAUCUAGAACGCCUAACGAGUCACUUUUUGGGCCUAAGGCUGAGCAACAAAGAAGUGGGACUGUUUCUAGUUUACAUGCUCAGUAUUUCCGUAAUCUCUGUUCUUCCUUCAGUGCGUCUGUAGUGCGUCUACAGUGUGUCUGUCUGUGGACCUCUUUAAUAGUUUAGCAGCUACCAGGCACAUCGUGUUCUGUACAGACCCAAAAACACUUGACAUGUGCUCAAGGCAAGCAAUAGAGCUUGUCCUGGUACCCUGUAGUGCCCCAUUGACGCAAUGGCUGUCUUGUAGAAGCUGCUUCAACUUUGUUAAACUACAACUCGGACUGAAACUCAACUAUUUUAUUUUAGCAGACGAAUAUAACAGAAUUAUCGUGUUCCCCCUUCCUAAAAUGAGGCUUUAUGGGUAAGUGCUAAGCGGACAAAACAAAACUCACCCCGAAAUUUGCCAGAUUUAGACGUCCUAAAGGUGUUUUAAAAGUGAUUUAAUAAAGUUGUAUGAGUUCUCCUCUUAUAGACUGUUCCUGAAAAAGUAACAAAGCAGUUGGCCAUUUGUUUUCUCUCAUAAUUAAAUUACUGGUACACACCUACGUAGCUCAGUUGGUAGAGCAUGGCGCUUGCAACACCAGGGUUGUGGGUUCGAUUCCCAAGGGGGGCCAGUAUGGAAAUAAAUGUAUGCACUCACUAACUGUAAGUUGCUCUGGAUAAGAGUGUCUGCUAAAUGACUAAAAUGUAAAUUGUACAGUUGACCGUCACACCUACAUACAGUAAUAUAAAUCUUAGUUCUCAAUGUUUAUAAUGCAUUUUUGAUUUUACAUCAUUUGUCAGAUUAGCUCCAUAAAUCUUAAAUUAAACACCAGCCCAUUGUCCCUUGACCUGAAUCACUACAGCAAUUAAUUACAUUUCUGCAUCGGACAACGCCUGAGGAAUUCUGAUUGAUUUCUGAAUUUUAAGCAGUCUUUUUGCUCCUUGAACUGCAUCAUUUCCCAUCAAUUAUCUUUACGGAUUUAGUAUUGAUUUGGCAUAUGGUACCUGAGUUUUUUUAUAGAAAAACAUUACAAUUAAGUUUACCACCUUGAGCCAUAACAGUCGCCAAUACUUGUUUUUAGUGGAACAACAUUUGUAAUUAAAACUGAAGUGUGACUUGAAUGGUAAGGAUGCUGUUUAGGUCCAUGUUAGACUUUUUUUACUAACCACAUAUUGAAUGAAUUAAUCUGAUAGAUUCAGAUGAAUUAUAUUCAUGCUGUAGCUACACUUUUAGAUUUAACUAGUCAAAAAAACAUGUUUAUGUUGGUCCUUGGAAAUAAUCACUUCUCUUUACUUUUCAGACAACUCGAUGAACUCCUCAGAUUGUAAGUAUUCAAUUUCUCCUAUCCUUCCCCUAUACAGUGGGGGAAAAAAGUAUUUAGUCAGCCACCAAUUGUGCAAGUUCUCCCACUUAAAAAGAUGAGAGAGGCCUGUAAUUUUCAUCAUAGUUUGCUAGAGUGCAUUUGGAUGAUCCAGAAGAGGAUUGGGAGAAUGUCAUAUGGUCAGAUGAAACCAAAAUAGAACCUUUUGGUAAAAACUCAACUCGUCGUGUUUGGAGGACAAAGAAUAAUGAGUUGCAUCCAAAGAACACCAUACCUACUGUGAAGCAUGGGGGUGGAAACAUCAUGCUUUGGGGCUGUUUUUCUGCAAAGGGACCAGGACGACUGAUCCGUGUAAAGGAAAGAAUGAAUGGGGCCAUGUAUCGUGAGAUUUUGAGUGAAAACCUCCUUCCAUCAGCAAGGGCAUUGAAGAUGAAACGUGGCUGGGUCUUUCAGCAUGACAAUGAUCCCAAACACACCGCCCGGGCAACGAAGGAGUGGCUUCGUAAGAAGCAUUUCAAGGUCCUGGAGUGGCCUAGCCAGUCUCCAGAUCUCAACCCCAUAGAAAAUCUUUGGAGGGAGUUGAAAGUCCGUGUUGCCCAGCGACAGCCCCAAAACAUCACUGCUCUAGAGGAGAUCUGCAUGGAGGAAUGGGCCAAAAUACCAGCAACAGUGUGUGAAAACCUUGUGAAGACUUACAGAAAACGUUUGACCUGUGUCAUUGCCAACAAAGGGUAUAUAACAAAGUAUUGCGAAACUUUUGUUAUUGACCAAAUACUUAUUUUCCACCAUAAUUUGCAAAUAAAUUCAUUAAAAAUCCCACAAUGUGAUUUUCUGGAUUAUUUUUUCUCAUUUUGUCUGUCAUAGUUGACGUGUACCUAUGAUGAAAAUUACAGGCCUCUCUCAUCUUUUUAAGUGGGAGAACUUGCACAAUUGGUGGCUGACUAAAUACUUUUUUCCCCCACUGUAUAUACCUAACCCAUUACAAAGAUUUACCACUAUGGAACAACUGUUAUUCAAAGUUUUGCAGUUGUGACAAAUGUGGUGAAAAUAAUUCUGCUGCAGCCGCCCCGUAACUUUGCCUACUUACAAAAACCUUUUUGGGGGCAGGUUAUUUGUUAUUAGCCUGUUUUUUUAUUAGUAAGCACUGGGUAAGAUACGGGCGGUUCCUCUCCAGUCCCUCUUUAAUGAAGCCCAAAGAGAAAACAAAACCACCCUUAGGACCUGUGAGGUUUGUAAAGAGGGUGGGUGGCACUGAUGUUUAUUGUUUGUUUUUUGCUUGUCCUCAGCCCCAGAAAUAGACGAGUCGGCGGCGAUGCAGCUGGCGGAGAUGGGCUUCCCUCUGGAGGCCUGUCGGAAGGCCGUCUACUACACGGGGAACAUGGGCCCCGAGAUGGCCUUUAACUGGAUCAUAGCCCACAUGGAGGAGCCUGGUAAGAGCCACAUUCAUGUUAUUCAAGCCUGAUUCCUCAGCCUCUUCUGGGCACUUGUGGGGGUGGGCAGUGCAUGCUCUAAAACAUAACUGAAGCGACAUGUGCGUCACAGCAGGAGACAUGCCAGUGUGCCAGAGUCCCCAGCUGCCUCUGAGAGUAUGUGUUUGUGUGUCAAAGGACUGAUAUAUUUGCAUAAAUCUCAAUGGGUAAUUCAUAAUUACAUGCUAUAACUGCAUGUUUCUUAUGCAAGCAAUGUAAAUAAUUGUUUUAAUGUCCAUUACUAAAACGCUUAGCUUUUGUGUGUUAGCAUGCUAACACAAAUUGUAUUCAGCUAGCUUAAAAGAACAAUGAAUAGGUCACAAGACAAAAGGACACAAGUUUGGGAAUCUUGACAUGCAGACAGUUGGAAGAGUGUCCAUUUUCACUCAUAGUAGGCAACAGUAAUGAAAGCUUUGGUGAUAGUCAACAGUAGGGUAUAACCCUUUGUUUACCAACACACACUCCUCGAGCACUGUUUGACCUGCAUCACACCACAUUUGAUGUCACUUCCUUCACGCUCUCGUUCUUCUCCUUGUUCAGCAUGUAGUGAAUUAUUGGCCCACCCCAGGCCUGCACUAUCCAGUAUAAGCAAUAAAGAGACAAAACGCCCAAAAAGCCUUCCAUUCUUGCCCAUUACUACUCUGCCAGGUAUACUUACUGUUGAUCAUGAAAGCAUAUUUUAUGAUUAUUUGACUGUUAGCCUGUGAAGUCCUAAAGGGGAGAUAAUACUUUGAUUUCUGAAAGAACACUGACAGAGAUUAAAACAAUUAAUAUACUCUCCAUAAUAAUUGGUAUAUUCAACACUGGACCAAAAGGUCUUCCUCCCACUCUUGAGAAAUAACCCAGUGUGCAUGAAGAAUACUUAUUUACACACCAUUUGUUUUGGAAAGUGUUGAAAAAGAGGUUUGAAAAGCCAUUUUUCCAUUACUUAAGCCAUUACUUCAAUUAAAAUCUUCACAUUUACUUCCUAAUAACACAUUUUUGUGUGAAUAGUUUCUCCCUUGCUCAUGCCAUUGCGCCAAUUAAUUCCCACCCACUGGGCACACCACGUCAUCUCAAGGUGGAAAUGUGGGUAAUAUUUCAACCUUUAUUCACCCACUCAAAAAGUCACCCAGAAGUUGGAAUUCCCAAUGUGUUAUCACUAUGGUUUCAACAAUCUUAAAAAGCACAACCAAAUUCCACUGGAAAUUAGAUUAUAAUAAUUUUUUUGGUCAUCUAAAUGUGUUAUCAAUGCGCUUUCAACCAUUUUAAAUGUUCAAAUGAGAAUACAAUGUCAGAUAUUUUGUAUUUAUACAACAACUUAAUGUGUUAUCAUUGUGCAGGGCUUGGUUAAAACCCUGAAUGGGAGAGCAAAUGAAUAGCUGUAGAUAGAUCAACUCUCCAGUAGGAGGUGCUGCCCAGACUAUAAUUUUUCCUGAUAAUGGAUCUGACGUUGUUUCAAAGGUACAAAUUCAACAUUUUAUACAAGGUUUGUCUAUGUUGAAAAUUCGUUACCAUGAUGACAUAAUCCUGUGGUUGAAAUUCCACCCUCAAAACCACAGUUUACGUCAACGUAAAUUGUUGUUUUGAGGGUGAAAUUUCAACCACAGGAUUAUGCCAUCAUGGUACACAAAUUUCAACCUAGACAAACCUUUUUAUAAAAUGCACUGAACAAAAAUAUAAAUGCAACAUGCAACAAUUUCAAAGAUUUUACUGAGUUACAGUUCUUAUAAGGAAAUCAGUCAAUUUAAAUAAAUUCAUUAGCCCUUAAUAUAUGGAUUUCACAUGACUGGGAAUACAGAUAUGCAUCUGUUGGUCACAGAUACCAUAAAAAAAAAGGUUGGAUCAGAAAACCAGUCAGUAUCUGCUGUCACCAUUUGCCUCGUAGCGCGACACAUCUCCUUCACAUAGAUUUCAUUUGGCUGUUGAUUGUGGCCUGUGGAAUGUAAAGUGUUAGUCCCAUGUUUCAUGAGCUGAAAUAAAAUAUCCCAGAAAUGUUCCAAAGCUUAUUUCUCUCAAAUUUUGGGCACAAUUUUGUUUACAUCCCUGUUGGUGAGCAUUUCUCAUUUGCCAAGAUAAUCCAUCCACCUGACAGGUGUGCCAUAUCAAGAAGCUGAUUAAACAGUAUGAUCAUUACACAGGUGCACCUUGUGCUGGGGACAAUACAAGUCCACUCUAAAAUGUGCAGUUUUGUCACACAACACAAUGCCACAGAUGUCUGAAGUUUUGAGGGAGCGUGCAGUUGCCAUGCUGACUGCAGGACUGUCCACCAGUGCUGUUGCCAGAUAAUGUUAUGUUCAUUUCUCUACCAUAAGCCGCCUCCAACGUCGUUUUAGAGAAUUUGACAGCAAGUUCAACCGGCCUCACAACCCGCAGACCACGUGUAUGGCGUCGUGUGGGCGAACGGUUUGCUGAUGUCAAUGUUGUGAACAGAAUGCCCCAUGGUGGUGGUGGGGUUAUGGUAUAGGCAGGCAUAAGUUACGGACAACGAACACAAUUGCAUUUUAUCGAUGGCAUUUGAAUGCACAGAGAUACCGUGACGAGAUCCUGAGGCCCAUUGUCGUGCCCUUCAUCCACCUCCAUCACCUCAUGUUUCAGCAUGAUAAUGCACGGCCCCAUGUCGCAAGGAUCUGUACACAAUUUCUGGAAGCUGAAAAUGUCCCAUUUCUUCCAUGGCCUGCAUACUCACCAGACAUGUCACCCAUUGAGCAUGUUUGGGAUGCUCUGGAUCGACGUGUACGACUGUGUUCCAAUUCCCGACAAUAUGCAGCAACUUCACACAGCCAUUGAAGAGGAGUGGGACAACAUUCCACAGGAUCUUUGAUGUUAUGGGGCUAUUUUGCUUCCACUGGUCCUGGUGCCCAUGUUAAUGUUAACGGCAUCAUGAACCCAGUACCAGGACAAAAACCUGGUUGCCUCUGCCAGGAGGCUGAAACUUGGCCGCAAGUAGAUCUUCCAGCAAGAUAAUAAACUAGAGCACACAUCAAAAUCCACAAAGAAAUUGUUAAUUGACCACAAAAUCAACAUUUUGCAAUGGCCAUCUGUCUCCGGACCAAUUGAAAACGUGGUUUGAAUUGAAGAGGACAGUCCAUAAGCGCAGACGAAGGAUAUCAAGGAUCUGUAAAGAUUAUGUAUGGAGGAAUGGUCUAAGAUCCCUCCCAAUCUCAUAAAACAUUUUAGAAAAAGGCUCUGUGCCAUUAUCCUCGCAAGGUGAGGCAUUGAAAGGUAGUAAAAACAGUGGUGCCAAUAACUUUGAUCCCCAUCUUUUUGAGAAUUAUUAUUUAUUCCACUUGUCAUUUUAAGUAGAGCAGACAUUUCCAUAUAUUUUUUGUUAGCUGCAUGUGUGACAUAACUCCACCAGCCCUAUUUAUUAUAUUUUUAAAGCAUUUUCUCCAAAAAAUAUAUAUAUUUUUUUUAAUCAAUUUGUAUAUUUGAGUUUAACCAUAAUAUUUGUUCUGUCUUUUCUGGUGGAUUAAACUGAAAUUGCAACCAACUUUCUAUGGCUUGUUUUAAAAAUAGAGAUUUCUUUUUCAAAUAACCUUAAGUGAGAGGUUGUAAUCUGAAUAAAGGGAAAAAGGCCAUUCUUAAACAUGGGGUGAGACAUUCUUACUAAUCUGCUAGAGAACCAGUUCGGUUUUUAAUUAUAGCUUUUUUGUAUGACUGAAGCCUUUAGUGAGAAGUCUAAUGCUUUAAUAUUUAAGUUUCUGCCCUCUGAAUUAAUAUUCAUUAUAUAAAUAGGUCAGUUUAAUUUUGUCUCACCCCAUGUUGAAUAUUUUUUUGCUCACAUAAUUUAAAAAACAAGUCGCUAGGUGUAGGCCUUAAGCAAAUAGGUAAACUGGGAUAAAGAGUUAAUCAGGGGGAUUUUUCCACAAAUAGACAGGUAUUUUCCUUUCCAAGAUCUUAUCUAUUUUUGCUAACUUUCUAUAAAAAUGUAUUGUAGUGAGAUCAUUUCUUUCUUUCAGGUUAUUAAUACCGAGUAUGUCCACUUCACUGUCAGAUCAUUUUAUUGGUAAACUACACGGUAAUGUAAAAGUUGUAUUUUUUUUGUGAUCCAAUAUAUAAUCCAGAGAGAUUAGAACAAUUAUCUAGAUCCCCUGAGGCUGUGGUGGGAUCAAAAUUGUUGUGAGGAGUGUGAUAGAAGGAGUCAGGUGCAGGAGGGUAAAUCACCGAAUACAGCGUUUAUUCCUUUGUCACAGUUGCGCUGGAUAGCAACAUACAAACAUAGGCACAGGGGAAACUCUCUACCCUGGCAAUCACGGUAUGGAUAAUACUCCAAACGAUAUACAAGCAUAGGAUACAAGCCAGUGGGAGAACCACUUUACAAUAUGUAUUAUUAUUAUUUUAUUUUUUUGGGGGGUGGGGUAAGGGGGGGGGGGUCGAAGGAUUACUUUAUCCUAUCCCAGGUAUUCCUUAAAGAGGUGCGGUUUCAAGUGUCUCCGGAAGGUGGUGAGUGACUCCGCUGUCCUGGCGUCGUGAGGGAGCUUGUUCCACCAUUGGGGUGCCAGAGCAGCGAACAGUUUUGACUGGGCUGAGCGGGAACUGUGCUUCCGCAGAGGUAGGGGGGCCAGCAGGCCAGAGGUGGAUGAACGCAAUUCCCUCGUUUGGGUGUAGGGACUGAUCAGAGCCUGAAGGUACGGAGGUGCCGUUCCCCUCACAGGUCCGUAGGCAAGCACCAUGGUCUUGUAGCAGAUGCGAGCUUCAACUGGAAGCCAGUGGAGUGUGCGGAGGAGCGGGGUGACGUGAGAGAACUUGGGAAGGUUGAACACCAGACGGGCUGCGGCAUUCUGGAUGAGUUGUAGGGGUUUAAUGGCACAGGCAGGGAGCCCAGCCAACAGCGAGUUGCAGUAUUCCAGACGGGAGAUGACAAGUGCCUGGAUUAGGAUCUGUGCCGCUUCCUAUGUAAGGCAGGGUCGUACUCUCCGAAUGUUGUAGAGCAUGAACCUACAGGGUCGGGUCACCGCCUUGAUGUUAGCGGAGAACAACAGGGUGUUGUCCAGGGUCACGCCAAGGCUCUUCGCACUCUGGGAGGAGGACACAACGGAGUUGUCAACCGUGAUGGCGAGAUCAUGGAACGGGCAGUCCUUCCCCGGGAGGAAGAGCAGCUCCGUCUUGCCGAGAUUCAGCUUGAGGUGGUGAUCCGUCAUCCACACUGAUAUGUCUGCCAGACAUGCAGAGAUGCGAUUCGCCACCUGGUUAUCAGAAGGGGGAAAGGAGAAGAUUAGUUGUGUGUCGUCUGCGUAGCAAUGAUAGGAGAGGCCAUGUGAGGAUAUGACAGAGCCAAGUGACUUGGUGUAUAGCGAGAAUAGGAGAGGGCCUAGAACUGAGCCCUGGGGGACACCAGUGGUGAGAGCACGUGGUGCGGAGACAGAUUCUCGCCACGCCACCUGGUAGGAGCGACCUGUCAGGUAGGACGCAAUCCAAGAGUGAGCCGCGCCGGAGAUGCCCAGCUCGGAGAGGGUGGAGAGGAGGAUCUGAUUGUUCACAGUAUCAAAGGCAGCAGACAGGUCUAGAAGGACAAGAGCAGAGGAGAGAGAGUUAGCUUUAGCAGUGCGGAGAGCCUCCGUGACACAGAGAAGAGCAGUCUCAGUUGAAUGACCAGUCUUGAAACCUGACUGGUUUGGAUCAAGAAGGUCAUUCUGAGAGAGAUAGCAAGAGAGUUGGCUAAAGAUGGCACGCUCAAGAGUUUUGGAGAGAAAAGAAAGAAGGGAUACUGGUCUGUAGUUGUUGACAUCAGAGGGAUCGAGUGUUGGUUUUUUGAGAAGGGGUGCAACUCUCGCUCUCUUGAAGACGGAAGGGACAUGGUCAAGGAUGAGUUGAUGAGCGAGGUGAGGUAAGGGAGAAGGUCACCGGAGAUGGUCUGGAGAAGAGAGGAGGGGUUAGGGUCAAGCGGGCAGGUUGUUGGGCGGCCGGCUGUCACAAGUCGCAAGAUUUUAUCUGGAGAGAGAGGGGAGAAAGAAGUCAAAGCAUAGGGUAGGGCAGUGUGAGCAGGACCAGCAGUGUCAUUUGACUUAACAAACGAGGAUCGGAUGUCGUCAACCUUCUUUUCAAAAUGGUUGACGAAGUCAUCCACAGAGAGGGAGGAGGAGGGUGGGGGGGUGGGGGGGGGGGGGGGGGGGGGGGGGGGGGGGGGGGGUUAGGAUUCAGCAGGGAGGAGAAGGUGGCAAAGAGCUUCCUAGAGUUAGAGGCAGAUGCUUGGAAUUUAGAGUGGUAGAAAGUGGCUUUAGCAGCAGAAACAGAUAAAGAAAAUGUAAAGAGGAGGGAGUGAAAAGAUGCCAAGUCCGCAGGGAGUCUAGUUUUCCUCCAUUUCCGCUCGGCUGCCCGGAGCCCUGUUCUGUGAGCUCGCAAUGAGUCAUCAAGCCACGGAGCAGGAGGGGAGGACCGAGCCGGCCGGGAGGAUAGGGGACAUAGAGAGUCAAAGGAUGCAGAAUCAGGAGAUUGGAGGGAGAAGGAUUGAGCAGAGGGAAGAGAUGAUAGGAUGGAAGAGGAGAGAGUAGUGGGAGAGAGAGAGCGAAGGUUGCGACGGCGCAUUACAAUCUGAGUAGGGGCAGAGUGAGUAGUGUUGGAGGAGAGCGAGAGAGAAAAGGAUACAAAGUAGUGGUCGUAGACAUGGAGGGGAGUUGCAGUGAGAUUAGUAGAAGAACAGCAUCUAGUAAAGAUGAGGUCAAGCGUAUUGCCUGCCUUGUGAGUAGGAGGGGACGGUGAGAGGGUGAGGUCAAAAGAGGAGAGGAGUGGAAAGAAGGAGGCAGAGAGAAAUUAGUCAAAGAUAGACAUAGGGAGGUUGAAGUCACCCAGAACUAUGAGGGGUGAACCAUCCUCAGGAAAGGAACUUAUCAAGGCGUCAAGCUCAUUGAUGAACUCUCCAAGGGAACCUGGAGGGCGAUAAAUGACAAGGAGAACCAGGUGUGUGUGAUUAACAAGACAAGACAAGUGGAGUGAUGAUAAUGGGAGCGGCAGUGGUUAGCAAGCCGAUGACGACAAACGCCGAAGCCUGCCCGAACAAGGAGGGGAGGCAGCCUCGGUGGAAGUUGUGACAAUUGUAGAUUAAAAAUAAAACAUGAAUCCUCAGCGUACAAUGACACCUUUGUUUUUAAGCCCUGGAUUUCUAGCCCCUUGAUAUUAUUGUUGGAUCUGAUUUUAAUAGCUAACAUUUCGAUGGCCAUAAUAAAUAUGUCGAUAGUGGGGAGCCUUGUUUUACUCCUCUUGACAGUUUAAUACUUUCUGAGAAGUAGACAUUAUUUACAGUUUUACACCUAGGGUUACUAUACAUAACUUUAACCCACUGUAUAAGAGAUUCUCAAAAAAUUGAAAUAUUCCAGGCAUUUAUAUAUAAAUUCCAGUUGUACUUUAUCAAAAGCCUUUUCAAAGUCAGCAAUAAAUACCAGGCCUGGUUUCCCAGAUUUGUCAUAGUGUUCUAUUGUUUCCAGUACUUGUCUUAUAUUAUCUCCAAUGUAUCGUCCAUGUAAAAAACAUGUCUGAUUAGGAUGAAUAAUAUCCAACAAUACCUUUUUUUAUUCUAUGCGCUAUGCAUUUUGCUAGAAUUUUUUGCAUCACAACACUGACAUGUGAGGGGCCUCAAAUGUUUUCAAUGGACUGGAUCUCUAUAUUUACCACUUGUGUCCUGUUUCAGUAAUAAUGAAAUCAGACCUUCUUGUUGAGUAUCUGAUCAUCUACAAUUUUUAUAGGAGGGGUUAAAACAUGCUAAAAACUGUCCUCGGAGUACAUCAAAAAAGGGUUGGUAUACCUGAACUGGUAUGCCAUCCAGCCCUGGAGUUUUCCCGGACUUUCCCAGCUUUAAUUGCAUCAAGAAAGAAGUAUUACUUGUUAAGUAAUCUCUUUGUCUGAGCAAUUGUAUUAGUAUAAUAUAAUUUCCCCUUUUUUGCAUACAGUAUAGCUCAGUAUUUAUUGUAUACAUCAUUUUGGACCUGAUUGUAUGUGGUUUAACACUAGCACACACAGUCAAAUUGUACAGGUGUGUAACAACUGUGUCAAUAAAGGCCCAAUCGGUUAAAACGGGGGUAUUCAAAAUGUAUGGAGAAAUUAUGUCUUGUAUAGACUGUGUUGUAUUGCCUUAGUAACUUUUUAAAACUGCCAUCUGUUUUUGUUUUAGCCCUCCUAAAUUCUUAAUUGCUUGUGUGGAAUUGCAGUGAAGAAGUCAUAUCUCGGCUUUUUAAUAUGCAUGAGGCAUCAGGCAGCCUCUUUGCACUCUCCCUGAAAUGCAGCUUUAUUAUUGCAGUUGUUUAAUAAACUCAGUAUUAAAGGAGUAGUUCACUAUUUUACAACUUGAUGUUAGAUGGUUAUUCACCCUGAAAGUAGUCUAUGGGCCAGGAGAAACUGUAGACCAUGGUUCAGUUCUCCUUAAACAGCCACUACAUAAUUGUUUUCAAACAUGCUUACAUGCCCCGAUCAUUUCAAUUGAUUGUUAGCUUGUGGUGGCUAAGUUUAGCUGAAGUUUGUAUUGUCUGUUUAAAGAAAACUGAACCCUGGAUUACAGUUUCUCUUGGCCCAUAGACUACCUUCAGGGUGAGGAACCAUCUAAAAUCUAGUUGUAAAAUUGUGAACUACCCCUUUUAAUUUCUGUACCCUGUACAUACUUUGUUAUAUUUUUCGAAGUGGAUUUAUAAGUUUGUCUUAAACAAUAUCAUAGUCACUUCUGCAUACAGUGAUAUUGUUGGAAAAGUUACUAAUAACUAAUGAAGAGGAUUUCUUUCUCUCACAAACACAACCCAGUGAGCGAGCCCUUCCUUUACAGCUCACCAAGAGAUUCAAGGACAAAUAGGCAGACCGACACAAACAGGCUCUCUUAAGCUGAACAUGCCAUACUUGUACUAACAAUGACCUAUAUUAAUUGGGUAACUAAUGACUAUGACCUAAGAUACCAACAAAUAACCAGGCGCUGAUGAGGCCUUAGGAACACAUCCUUGUUUUACAGUGUGCUCUUCCUGAUUUGACCCUUGUUUGAAUGGGCGAUUACUGAUUUAUGAACCAUGUUUAUAGUAGAGCUUUCUCCUUCUUUCCUCUCUUCCAGACUUUGCUGAGCCCCUGGCACUGCCAAACUUCAUGGAGCCCGGCCCCUCCGUGGCCAGCCCGGGCCUGGCUGCCACCCCCCUGGACAACCAGCCUCCAGAGGAGAGCAUCGCCAUCCUCACCUCCAUGGGCUUCCCCCGCCGCCACACCGUCCAGGCCCUCAAAGCCACGGUCAGUGGCUCUCUUUCUCUCCCGCUGCUCACACACUCACUCUGGUGAAACAACACAAAAAUAAUAUUGUCCUGGCCUAGGAAGCAUUCAGUAGGCGGUAGUUUUUAAUUUGACUUUUUCAGAUUUUAAUUAUUGUAGAGAUGUAUGUACUAUGUUCUGGAAUAUGGAAAAUAAACCAUCUAUCCAAUGCCUGUUCUAUAGCUAAAACCUUGCAAAGAUGGAAAGGGAGACUUUUAUCAUGUUUUAAGUAGGGUAAUAUCUCCCAAAAAGUUUAACCAAUAUGUUCUAUUUCUCUGUCAGACUUUUGGCUUGCUAUUUAUAUUUGUGCCAUUGAUGUAAGAAUGAUGGGGAGUGGCUUUCUAUAGUGCCGAACCGUGCUGGAGAAUCAUGCCCUCUCAGCUAUAAACAACUUGGCUGGCCUACUUGUUUACUUGAUAUAUUGCAGUUUUAAUAACCCCUUCAUGUCCUUGGUUGCUCGAGAUCCCUGUUCUACAUGCUGUUUACAAAUAGUCCCAGCAUUGGGCCCGUCAUGGUGCAUAGCAAGCCUCAUUCAGCUUUUCAGUUCUAUGAGUCAGAUCGUUGUGUCAUAUGUGCAACUAUAACGCAGUCAUUUUUAUGCAUUUGUUUGUGUGUUCCUCAAAUGAACAACUAAUUCAUUCAAUUACGUUAUGAAUUGUAUAACACCACGAUAUACAGUAUAAGAGUUUAAUUCCAUUAUAGUGGCUGCUAUUUUAAGAUGGUCCCUUUUUCUCUUUGUCAGCAGUCACCUGCCCUGUCAGCAUAAAAUAGAUCAAGUUCUCUACGAAAACAGACCCUCUGAUUUCCUUGUUUACCAUUCCUAACAUCUUCAAACCCCUUGCCAUCCAUUUUUUUUCUCAUAAAAAAUCCCAGGGUCCUCGUGAGUUGAGUAGGAGUGUGAAACAGCAGAGGGUCUCCAGGGUCUUCUAAAAUAGCCCAGUUUCACUGGCCUGUCUGUCUGACUGGGCAUGGCCAGAAAAAGCAGGCAGCAUCAGAUUAUUCCCCCCAUGUGCUCUCGGCGCUGGCAUCGGCGGUGAAUGAAUCACGCCUCUAUUUUGGAUUAAAUGCUGAGGCUAAAUGAGGGAAUUGACCACACAUGGAGAAUGAGAGCGGAGUUGGAUUAUUCAUUCUUCAAGAAAAUGUACAUAGUUCACAAUAACAAAAUCAAUUCUCUUGAUUUUGAUCUUGUCAAUCCCGUUACAUUUAGAUUUUGAUGUUGUCAAUCCUGUUACAUUCUCGUGAAGCAUGCCAGUCACAAUUGUCCAUCUUCUGAGACCUCUGAAUUUGAGAUAAGACUUAGGGGAGAGAGGAAGCAUAUUCUACUGUAUCUUCAUAACACAAGGUCACUGAUAAUCAGAUACAGUAAAUUAAAAUGGUAAUUACAUGGCAAUUUAGCCUACCAAUUAUGACUUUUUGGUUCUUUCAGAUUCGUUGAAACAAGCAGGUAGUUUAAUAUGUGUGAGAGAAAAAAAUACCAGUACCAGAAAGUACUGUCAGCAAAAAAAACGCUGAAAUAGGUCUGUGAAAUGACAUGUCACCAACAUUCGUUGUUUCAGAACAACAACCUGGAGCGGGCGCUGGACUGGAUCUUCACCCACACGGAGAGGGAGGAGGAGGAGGAGACUAGCGACGCCCUGUCUGACAUGGCCGACACCACGGAGCCCAAUGACAACGCUUUCUCCAAUGCCAACACGCACAGCAACUCCACACUGCCCCCAGACCAGGACGCCUCAGGCCCCCGGAUCAAGGACGGACCCGGACGUGAGUGACUCUGCAUGACCUCUAAGACUGAUCUAGGGUCAGUUCCAUCCUCCCCAGUCCUAACCAUAACCAUUACGAUCUAGAGACACUGAUCUAGAAUCAGCUACACCCUCUCCAGUCCUAACCAAACUAUUAUGAGCAAAACGAUAAAGACAGAAAGGAUCAAAGGAGAAGAAUUACACACAUACACAUGUGGUACAGGAGCUGUAUAAAAAAGUAUAUAGCUGCUUUGAAUAUAAAGCUCACUGCUUGCUGCACCCAUAUGAUGCAACACCUGCUGUUUGCAGGUUCAUUUGGAUCAAAACCAGCCUUUCACCAAUUGUGAAGGGCUACUCUUCCGCUUCCAUUCUGACACAAUCCUGUAAAAGGAAGGCAACACAGUUUUGUGUUACAUGUUUGGUUUACGAUUUCAUGUUUGAGGAGACUCAUGCUAUUCAGGGUCUCAGCCCUGAUUUUGAACUCAGAAAUACAAAUCAUGGACCACAGUCUCUCCAACUACAACCUGCAUGCUUUCAAGGUAAGAAAGACAUCUCAUAACACUAGGAAUAGGAUCAGAUAAGGAUGAGAUAGUUGCUGAAAGUUAUAGUUAUGAGCCGGUUUUACUAGCUUGUUCUCAUGGGUAUACUGUAGGCAAAAUACAUCUGUUCUGUUCACAAGGGAGUUGUAGUUUUGUGUAACGAUUGGUUUGACUUCCUGUUUUGCAGGUUACGAGCUUUUUGCUUUCAUCAGCCACAUGGGAGCGUCCACGAUGUCUGGUCAUUAUGUAUGCCACAUCAAAAAGGAAGGAAGGUAAGUCAGUCACAAUUUACAUACUCUACAUUUAUCUCUGCUAGAUGAUUAAACCACAAUCCCCUUUCAUAAUGAAGGAUUAAAAAUGAAUGAUAUAGACAAACUGUUUCCACCAGCUGUUGCACUGCACAUAAUAUUUGAUCUAUUCCAACACUAGCACUCCUGAUUCAACUAAUCAAGGGCUUGAUCAUAGUUGACGUGUUGAAUCAGGUUUGCUAGUGUUGGAGUCAAUCAAGUAUUAUCUUUGAUCGUCUUCACAGACCAGAUUGGGAAACACUGUCCUAAGAGACUGAUUAGAUCAUUUUGUAAUUAGUGUUCUACAAUGUGGCAUUUAGAAAUCAAGACGAAACUAAAUGUAUAGAUGAGGUUUUAACACAAUGUGUUACGCAUGUUAUUUUUCCCCCCACGUCAGAUGGGUGAUCUUCAACGACCACAAAGUGUGCUUGUCAGAAAGGCCUCCAAAAGACUUGGGCUACAUCUAUUUUUACCGUCGACUGUCGUGCAGC